ACAAAGGAAAGGUCACCUUAGAUAACAUUUAGCACUCUAACGCCACUGUUUCUCUCUCAAGGACUGUGAAAUAGGUUGGACAAUAUGCAAUUCCUCCUGGCAAUUUUGUGUUUUGGAAUGGUCUAUGCAGCCAAUCACCAUGGACUGACCUUAGACCAGAUAGGACAAAUGGUAAUCGCGAACAUGGACAAAAAUGCCGACGGCAAUAUUACAGUGGAUGAGAUGUUGUCAGAGUUCGUUACAAACUAUGACCACGACAGUAACGGGUGCGUUAGCAUGCAUGAGUUCACACAUCAGUGGAAUCAUGAUUACCAUGACGACCACCACGCUUCGGAGAACAUGUAUAGACAUCUAGACAUAACCUAUGAUGGAUGUUUGUCAAGGAUUGAUCUGGACAUGCAUCAUAUGGCCAUGGACACAGACAAUGAUGGCACCGUGACCUCUGCUGAAUUUAUGGAAUGGCUGCAUCACAUUUGUCAACUGACCCUGUUAAAAGAAAAUGAAUAUUUCUGCGGCAACAAGCCAGCUGAUAUAGUUAUCCUGCUUGAUUCUUCUAAUAGUAUAUGGGCUCCAAACUUUCGAACGCAGAUUGACUUCGUAAAGAACGUGACUUCUAUGUUUGACAUUGGAGCAAACAAAACUCGUGUCGGUGUUGUUACAUAUAAUACUGACGUUGUAGAAGAAAUAGGACUUGGUGACUACACAAACAAACCAGAUCUCCUCCUUGCCAUCAAUAACAUACAGCAAAGAGAGGGAUAUCAUACACAUACAUUUCAAGCCAUAAAAUAUAUGCGCAAACGAAUGUUUAAAAAAACUUUCUUGGAAAGAGGAAAUGCCGCCAAAAUUGGUAUUAUUGUCACAGACGGACAGUCGUCAAAUGUUCUUUUCACCAUAUGGGAAGCUGCAAGGACAAAGAGGAGAGGCAUUAGACUUUUUGCGGUUGGAAUUGGGGAUAAUACAAAUUCUCGAGAGCUGAAAGGAAUUGCUAGUAAACCUGAAAGCGAUCAUGUUUUUAAGAUAGACAACUUCGGAGCCCUGGAUUCUAUCAGACAAAUAUUAGCAGUUCGUACUUGUGAAGUUAUACCAGAAACAACAACAACGACAACAACAUCCGCCACAACGACAACAACAACCACACCCACCACAACGACAACCACACCUACAACAACAACCACACCUACUACAACGACAACGCCCACUACAACGACCACACCAACCACGACAACCACACCUACAACGACCACACCAACCACGACAACCACACCUACAACGACAACACCAACCACGACAACCACACCAACCACAACAACAACUACACCUACCACGACAACCACACCUACUACAACGACCACGCCCACUACAACGACCACACCAACCACGACAACCACACCAACCACAACAACAACUACACCUACCACGACAACCACACCUACUACAACGACCACGCCCACUACAACGACCACACCUACCACGACAACACCAACCACGACAACCACACCUACCACGACAACCACACCAACCACGACAACAACACCAACCACGACAACAACUACACCUACCACGACAACCACACCAACCACGACAACCACACCAACCACGACAACGCCCACUACAACGACCACACCCACCACGACAACUACACCUACUACAACAACCACGCCAACCACGACAACCACACCUACCACAACAACCACACCUACCACAACAACCACACCUACAACAACAACCACACCCACAACCACGACAACAACACCUACAACAACGACCACACCCACUACAACGACCACACCAACCACGACAACACCAACCACGACAACCACACCCACCACAACGACAACGCCCACCCCAACGACAACACCUACCACGACAACAACAACCACACCUACUACAACAACCACACCCACUACAACGACCACACCUACCACCACGACAACACCUUCAACAACAACGACAUCGUUUUUACAGUAUGUCAGGCAAGCCUGUGCUGGAGACAAAAAUGAUAUCAUGAUAGCUAUAGAUUCUUCAAAUAAUGUACGGGACCACGAAUUCAAAUUACAACUUAAAUUUGUGGAGGAAUUAGCCAGAAAUAUGAACCAUAAGACACUCAGUACUCAUAUUGGUGCAAUAUCAUAUAGCACUGUCGUUGACAGCAUUGUGACUCUCGGCGAAUCCCAAAAUAUAAAUCAUAUCGAACAAAGAUUAAAGAAUGCAAAAAGAUCUCAUGGCAGAGGAAGAGUAGAUGAAGCUAUAAGAUACGUAAGGACAAAGGGAUUCCUCAGAAGCACAACGAGAAAGGAUGCCACACAGAUAGGCAUUAUAAUAACCGCUAGCCCUGGAACUGCAAAGUCCAUUCGAAAGUCAAAAAGACAAGCCUCAAAGGCAAGAGACACAGGGAUUAUUCUCAUAGCUAUAGGGAUAGCUGACAUUAAUACAGAGGAACUAAAAGCGAUUGCUGGAACUUCUGAUAGAAUUCUGCAAUAUCAUUUUCCAUCAGCUAGAUACCUCUCUGCAAAUUUAGCAAACUUGGCACAUGGAAUCUGUACAAUUGAUAGAACAUCUGUCAAGGCACUUUCAGACAAAUCAUGUGGCUCUAGACAAGAGGCAGACUUUAUGUUUAUGUUGGAUGGGGUAAAUGCCGGAAAAACCAAUACCCGAAAGGUUUUAGCUUUUAUACAGGACAUAAUGAAGGACGUGGAGGUUGGCCCUAGAAAGGUGCGAGUAGGUGUCGUGUCAACACAGCCAGAUUGUGGAGAAGACUUUACUGGAUUUAACCUCAAUACCUACAAACACAACAAAAAACUUAAUCGCGCCUUGGAAAAAGUCAAAGGUGCUGAUGUAUCGGCAGUAUUAAAAAAGUUAAGACAAAAUAUGAUCUCCCGGGCUAAAGGAGGAAGAAAAGGUGCUAAAAAGGUUGCCAUUCUGUUUAUAGAUGAAGGACUAGAAGACCCAGUAAAGGCCUUUCUAGAGGCAGAGAGAGCUAGCAUUCAGGGAAUAGAAGUUUAUAUUGUAAAAGUUGGUAAAGGUCUUUCCAUCGAGAGCGAUAAGAUUGGACAAAUGAUGAAUGAUGAAGCACUUAAACAAAAUAAUGUCUACCACAUCUCAAAUUAUGAUGAACUGCCAAACAUUAAACAGAAGAUUUGGUACAAUAUGUGUGAUGAGCUUUGAUCGGAUGCGAGAAACACUCUUGAACUGGGACCAAUAAAAUAAACCAGACCCAUGAUCCUGAACAUGGAAUCAAAGAGAAAGAUGAUCCAGGACUAAUAUUAUUAUUUUCCCGCAAAUGCUGUCUAAAAACAUACUUGUUACAAAAAGCACAGCACGCAGUGAUCUCGAUGCCUACAAAUAUUUUAGGAAAAAGGCAAAUUCUAGACAAGCUAAAUAAAGAGAGAUCAAUAUCUCUACAGAAAAUGCAUCCCAUCUCAAACUCAAAUUAUUCAUGUCUGACACGAUGUCAAAGAGCUGGUAAGUUUUAUCACAAGGAAAAUCCCCUUGAAUUGAGUGUAUGUAUGUUUGUGAUAAUAUUAUAUCGUAUAUAUAAUUAUGCAAUACAAACUGUUGUAAUUUGUAUUGGGAGAAAGAAUGUUUCGUAUAAAAGAAUUGUGUGGACGUGAUUAUUUUAUGUUGAUAAAAAAAAAUUGUUGCAUGAUUUACCUUUGCUAUUUUUAUACAUUCUGGACUAAAACAUUUGUCUUUCUACUUAUUUUUAUAACUUUUGAAAUAUUUAUUAAAAAUGAAUACAU